UGGUCAGACGUCGUCGGCAGUCCGUCGUGCCUUCAAGCAGACACUCUACGCGGAUACCACUACCAGUUGCGUUUCCGUCGUCGUUGUCACCAAUUCCAACGCUGCCGCCGAUAUCGUCUUCUCGAACGCGCCGGUACCGUUCGUGUCGUUUGUGUAUAAUUAUAUUCGUGUUAUUAUUUCAAAACGAUCGUUGUUAACAAUAAUCAGUGUCGUGCAAUUAAUUUAGUCGCGAUUUCAAAUCGUUUUAAAAUUGACUUCGAGUGUUAUCUUUUAGUAGUUUUAUUUUUCUCCAAUAAACUAAAUACUGUUGCGGUUUUCUACGGGAGAGUUCUUAUAUUUUGUAAUCGUAUUGAAAAAAAUUUCUGCCGGAAAUUGUACCCAACUCGUUGUUGGUUCCGAUCACGUGCUAUGCGCAAAAUCGCCGCUGCCCGGCCGAGUCGGCUUAAUUGAGUGUUAUAGACAAGUCGCGCAGAAGUGAUCGGCUGUAGCAUCAUUAUUACCGAAAUAAUUCCUCAAUCGCCGGCCGCGGCCGCCGCUUGUGGAAAAUGCACUUGCGGCAGCAGCGGCAACGGCCGCCGGCAUGGUCGCCAAUGGCCGGAGGAAGACGUGGAUUACACCUCAUCGGUCGAAACGAACAACGCUGCUAAUCACCACUAUAGCGAUAGACAUCAUAAUAUUAACCGAGAUUUUGAUUGUCUCGGGAUGGCGGAGACGGCUUCCGAAAAUGCCGUUGACAAAUGGGUCUGGCGACCACGGUGGCCACCCGGGCGAUGGGGUAGUACCAGCCGCAACGAAAGAUCUCGAUGUAAAACGGCCGGCCGACCCCUUCACUGCCGUCCGGUGACAACCGUCCGUCCCGUCAAGAUUUCGUGGUUGUUCUUAAUCUUCACCUUUCUGUUGUUGAUGAUCAGGGACGCUCGAGCUUUGGGUUUCUUCGAACUGCAAAUAUUAGAAAUCGAAAACUACCGCGGCCAGUUGGCCACCGGCGAGUGUUGCGGCUCGUCAGCUCCUAUUUCGUCGCCGUCACGGACCAAUUGCAUCGGAGCGCCUCAGUGCAACACGUUGUUCAGGGUGUGCUUACGGGAAUACCAGAGUCGACCGCCGGCCGGUGCACAGCCGUCGCUUGCCGUGCAGCCGGCCGCCACCGCCCCCGUCGGAUCCACUCAGCUCCAGUGCUCUUUCGGCAACACGUCCAGCCCGGUAUUGGGUGGAAACUCAUUUACCCUGACCGAUUCGGACUCGUCCGAUAGCCGGGGACACCUGUCGUUACCGUUUUCGUUUAGCUGGACGAGAUCGUUUACGUUCAUACUGCAAGCGAUGGAUUACAACAAUUACACGGGAAGUCUGUCGGUCAUCGAGGAGGCCACAUACUCAGGCAUACUGUUGCCUGGCAACGAAUGGAAAGCUCUAUCCCAUUUGGGGCAUACCGCUCGUAUGGCGUACCGAGUCCGCGUGCAAUGCGAUCGGUACUAUUACGGGCAGACGUGCACAAAGUUGUGCAAGCCUCGGGACGAUCGGUUCGGCCAUUACACUUGUGGCGACACAGACGGCCGUAAAGAAUGCAUACCCGGCUGGCAGGGCGAAAAUUGCGACAAAGCCGUAUGCAAGACUGGCUGUCAUCCGGUUCACGGCAAAUGCGAUUAUCCUGGCGGUUGCGAGUGCAGAAAAGGUUGGCAAGGUGAGCUUUGCGACCAGUGCAUGACUUAUCCGGGAUGCAAACACGGUUAUUGCAACGGCACGUCUUGGCAGUGUAUCUGCGACAUUAAUUGGGGUGGAAUUCUAUGCGAUCAAGAUCUUAACUAUUGUGGAACCCAUGAACCUUGCCUGAACGGGGGCACAUGCAAGAGUACGGCUCCCGAUCGGUACACGUGUACUUGCCCCGAAGGAUUUAGCGGGUCCAAUUGUGACGUCGUUCUCAAUCCGUGUGCCACCGAACCUUGUCUUAAUGGGGGAAAGUGUACUACUAUGACGCCAACCGCACUCAUCCCUUCAGCUUCCGGUUCUUCGCUCCAGCUCCUGCCCAAGCAAUUCCAUUGCGAAUGUCAGUCUGGUUGGACGGGAAGCACUUGCAAUACCGAAAUUGACGAGUGCGCCCUGAUGAAACCAAGAUGUCAUAAUGGCGGCACGUGUGUGGAUAAACUCAACGACUGGGCUUGCUUAUGUCCGAAUCGAUGGAGAGGCCAGCAGUGUGAAAUCGAUGUGGAAGUGUGCGAAAACCAAUUGAAAGCUAACAACGAUCAAACAUCGUGUGGCGUUAACGCCAUUUUCUGCAAGUCGAACACAACGGAUAAUUCAACAGCGCAGUGUGUUUGUCGCAAAGGUUGGACCAACGCUUUCUUUAACGAAAACAGCAAUAAUGGUAUCGUCGGUCCUUCGGGAUGUCCGGUGAACAUCGAUGAUUGCGCCGUACUCGUAGGCGAAGCGCCUUUGUGUAAAAACGGAGGAACUUGCGUGGACCUGGUCGGAUCGUAUGUUUGCAAUUGUCCAGUCGGUUACACCGGUCAACACUGUCAGACUCAAAUCGAUCCUUGCGACAGCUUAGCUUCGGCCAAUCCGUGUAAGAACGGCGGGGAAUGCGUUCGCAGUCAGAGUUCAUUUAGGUCGUACUCUUGUAUCUGUCCACUGGGUUAUUCGGGUGACGAAUGCGAGAUCAACAGGGACCAUUGUGCGCCAAACCCUUGCCGGAACGGUGGACAGUGUUUGAAUACCCCGGACGACUAUUAUUGUCACUGCGUGGUGGCGACAGAUGGCUCGACUUGGCACGGAAAAAACUGCACUAUACCCCGGAAAAGAGUGGCGAAUCCUGCAGUUCUAACCACGACAUCAGUUCAGCCAACGACUGUUAUUCAACAAAUCAGAACCAAAGAUUUCCAAGACCAGAGUUAUUAUUAUUACAAUAAUAACCUUCAGACGUGUGCCGAUUCAAAUUUGUGUUUGAAUGGUGGUACUUGCGUACUGACCGCACUUUCGACGGAAAACGUGGUGUCUACUGGAAGCGGACGGAGAAACAAACCGAACAGUUUUUACAAAUGCAUAUGUUCCGUCGGGUACCACGGGCAUCAUUGUGAAAUUCGUCUUGAAAACUUGGAUUUUUCAAAACAACACAUUGAUAAAAGACCUACACAAUCCAAAGUAGAAUACCAAGUGGACGAAGGUGAUGAUGUCGUUGUCGACAAUUCUUCUAGUAAUGAUGACGUUCAAACUGUUUCAUGUACUGAACUCAUGCUAAAUAAACAUUGGCCAUCUUCAGUCGACUCAUACGACAAGUGCAACGAAUGCCGAUGCAUAGAGACAAGUGCGGGUGCAGACGACGAUGACGAAGAGAGGAGGUUAACCGUACAAUGCACAAACUUGUGGUGUGGCCCUAAAAGCUGCUUUGAACAUCCCUGUACCGGAAAUCAGAUAUGUGUGCCCGUGGAAGAAACAACCGCGGACACUGUUGAUUUGUCAUCGUGGAAACGUUGCUUAAGGCCACCUUGUGCUGAAGAAGCCAUAAAUUAUAAUGGUCAUCAUCACCACGAACAUAAGAGCAUCAUGGGUGGCCGUUGUGUUUCUAAUGGUGAAGAUAUUGUCACCUCUAUCUGGCCGCUGUCCGUCCGUCACUGUUGGCCGAAUUACAUCAACGGCGCCAUGGAUAGACCGAUUGACAAUGUAAACGGUUGUGGCCGUAUGUCGCUUACUCUGGACACGAACCGUUUGCGCCGUGGCACAAAUACGGCGCAAGUGUGUCACAACUUGCGUAGGCUUAUAUCUUUGUCUUGGGUGAUGGAGACGUUUUUUGAAGGACACCAGUCGACGCCGGUGUACAUUAUGUGUGAAGCUCAGAAAAAAAACGAACAAGAUCAUGACAUAGACGAUGUAGUGAUUCAGAUUUUCGUGGCGAUUGAAUCAACGACCGACAAAAGUGGUCUGGUACAGCGGACAUUAAACACUUUACAUAAGCUUUUGUUGAACCAAACAUCGGAUAAUAAAAAAGGCCAUCGGGAAGAGUUAUUUUCUGCCGUUUCUCUGACCGCAGCCGUCGUUAAAAUAGACUUACAAAACAAAUCGCCAGUGUCUCCUCAAUACUCGGAGACUUUAAAUGAUUAUCAGUAUUAUUAUUGGACCGGCGUUGCUUGUGGAGCUUUGGCCAUUCUGAUCGUUUGUGUUCUCUUGCGAUUUGGAUAUCAGCAUUGGAAGAAUAGAAACGGCAACAGUUGUUCGGUUAUCUCAUCAGGCGGUAACGGAAAGUCCAACACGAUAUCGAAUCAAACAAGCAAUAGUAAUAACAAUUUAAUAUUACUUGUUCAACGACAGAACGAAGAAAACCUGAGGAGGUACUCGGCCGUAACGGCCAAUUCCAAUAAGUUAAACAGCGGCAGCCUCAACUCCGUCAACGGCGCUCUUACAACGUCAUCGCUGAACUGUUCUCGGAUAAGUAUUGUCCAUCCUCUGUGCCAGCAGUCUGAUGGAAUUUUAAACCAACAACAGCAGCAGCAUCAAGUGUUGGAAAUUUAUGAUCAAAAAAAUAACGGUAUGGAUAUAGAAAAAGUGGCUUCGAUUGAAGACAAAAUCGGAGCAGACAAUUCGGUCGUUGUGAAACCCUCAGCCACAAUGAUGGUCGCACCCCCUCAACACAUCCAUCAAAUACCAUUGUGUAAAAAAACGCAAAAUACCGACCAACAACACCACUAUCAGCAACAACAUCAGGUCCUUGUCCAUCCUCAACAACCCGUCAUUUCUGCGGUCCAACAUAACAACAUGGGUAAUGUCAGAUCCAUCAACACCGACAGGGCGAGUUUCAAAAACGACCAAACGUUGACGGCAUUGAUUUAAUGACUGCCACAUCGGUUAAAUCAACUCAUACGUGAUCCUCUGAUAAAUCUAGUGUUUAAGCGUGCAAUUUUUUUUAGUUAUUUGUUUUUAUUAUUUAUGUUUUUAUAAUAAUUAUUAUUGAAGAUAAUGUAAGCGUUUGCCUAUCAUGAAAAUUGUAUCGAUCACAUUAUAUCGUGAUAUAAUCUUAUUCUUGUAAAAAACUAAAGUUAACCUUGAAUGUACAUUUCUUUUUCAUAAUUGUAGUUGACAUGACCAUGCAAAUAUUAUUAUUAAUAUAAAUCAGAUACGUUCGCAGA